ACUGCAGCGUUGAAUCCUGGAUCCACGGACAAGCUUUUCCUUCAAUACGGUGGGCUUUUCACAGAGUUCUGUGCGCUAUGGAUCCAAUCUGGCGCGGAGACCGAGGCAAAACUUGCGGCUUUUGGUAGAAUUUUACCGCUUGCGCCUCAUCUCGCAGAGCACACGGAACGCUUCCUAGCACAUAUUUCAAAGUCGCCCCUUGCAGGAUCAGAGACAUCAAAAUCCACUGGAAAUGUUCUAGCUCUUACCAAGGAAUCCGAUCUGACUGGAGUGUUGCUGGGAAUUUUCCGAUUGCUCAGCUACGACUGCAGAAACUUCGCUAGAUAUGUACGGCCUCUUGCCCUAGAGGCUCUAUUCCAGCAUUCGAGCCGCGCUUUGCGUUACCUAGCUAUCCGGACUUUCUGUUUGUAUGUUCACGCAGCCGACCAUGCGACGCAGGACAUGAUCAAGAGAUUUGUCGGAGAGGGAGAAAUUGAAGGGCCAUGGGAGGACCAGACAAUCGAUUAUCGUUUUUUGUCGCUAUGGGAGGAGAAGAGGUGGAAGGACCUCCAGGCGAAGACACGCCAAGCACUGGCAGAUGCUGGCGAACAGCACCCUGCGUCUGUUUAUCGACAGCUGUCACCGUAUACAGUCAACGUUAGCGGCAUCCUACUACCUCGACUCGAUGGUGAACCAUCACAAGAAAGGCCCUCCGACCUUAUAUCAACAGCAACGACAGAAGCGAACCUGAAGCGCAUUGCCUAUGGACUACUCGGAUCUAGUCCGCUCUUGCUCACUGGCCUGGCUGGGUCUGGCAAGACGCUUCUCACGCGUCAUUUUGCCUGGCAACUCAACAAGCUCGACAAGAUGCUUCUGAUUGGAAUCUGGCGGGCUGGUGUGCUUACGACUGCAGACCUGGACCGAGCACCGAAUGAGCGCGGGGAGCUACUCAUACCUAGUCGAGGAGAGACUGUACGAGCAGCGAGAGGCUUCCGAAUUAUCGCUACCAUGCGAAGCUCGCUCAAUCUUAAGGGACAGGAGAUCGUGCCUCGCCAAAACAUGAUAGGUCACCGAUUUUGGAAGUCUGUUCCUGUUCAGAUGCCGCAACUGGAAGAAUUUAAACAAAUUAUAAGCGCUAAGUACCCAUUAUUACAAAAGCACUUGUCUGGCAUAAUAGGAGUCUACUCGCGCUUAUUGGAGCUAUAUUCCGAUGCGAAGUUCUCAUCUGAGAAUGGCACAUCGAUUCGAGCCAUGACUCCUCGAGACCUUUUGAAGUGGUGCGAUAGGAUAGCCAUGCUCCUUGCCCAUUCCCCAGUUUUUAGUACGGCGCAGAAGGACGAUAUUUUCAUGGAGGCAUUCGACUGCUUCGCUGGUAGCCUGCGCAGUGAUAACGCACAGCUGCAUAUCGACCCUCAAAGACGUGACCAUCUCCUGAAGAACCGCACAGUCAAACUGUCAAUACCAUCGAAGACUACAGCCGCUGGAACUAUUCAAAUUGGACGAGCAAGGCUGUCCAAACACAGAUCUUCAAGGCGAACAACAUCUGGGCAACCGUUUUCGACUAACGAUUACACGCUCCAGCCACUGCUGCUCUACCUGGCCGAGCAACUCGGUCGAAAGCUAGUUGCGUUCAAUUUGUCUCAGCAAAGUGAGAGUGGCGAUCUGCUUGGUGGCUUCAAGCCCGUCAAUGUCCGCAGCCUCGUGGUCCCGCUCAAGGACGAAUUUGAUGACCUCUUCGACACGACUUUUUCAAGGAAGAAGAAUCUACGUUUCAUUGAGAUGCUCGGGAAACGCGUUGCGAAGGGCGAGUGGAAGCGCGUCUCUCGCAAAGCACACGAAUCGCAGACUUCGUCCCCGGAUCCAGAAGGAGGCCAGCCAAAGAAGAGACGGAAAAUGGAUUCCCUACCCUUUUCGACAGACCUUCACGAUCUUGAGGCUCAACUUGCCAGUGGUUCCGAAGCCUUUGCCUUUUCGUUCUUGGAAGGUAACAUUGUCAAGGCUGUUAGAAACGGUGAUUGGGUAUUGCUCGAUGAGAUUAACCUGGCAUCUUCUGAUACGUUAGAGGCGCUCACAGAUCUUUUGGGUGGUGGGCCAGAUGGCAACCCUUCGAUUCUGCUUACGGAAACUGGCAAUGUUGAGCGGGUGGUAGCUCAUCCGAACUUCAGGGUCUUCGCCGCAAUGAACCCUGCAACCGAUGUAGGAAAGAAGGAUUUGUCACCGGGCAUUCGAUCGAGAUUCACGGAGUUUUUGCGCAACAUUGUCGAAAAGUAUCUAGGUGGCGAUAAGGAUAGUACGGAUCCCGCUAUUGUGCGAGUAGCACGCGAUGUCACCAGUCUCUAUCUCGAAAUACAGCAGCUUGCAAAAGCAAACAUGCUCGUAGAUGGGGCAGAUCAGAAGCCACAUUUCAGCUUGAGAACACUUACAAGGACCCUUUCAUACGCCAAAGACAUGGCUCCUCUAUGCAGCCUACGAAGAGCGCUAUAUGAAGGCUUCCACAUGAGCUUUAUGACGUUCCUCGGCAAGGCUUCUGAGGAUCUCGUAGCUCCGCUCAUCACCAAGCAUCUAUUUCCGCAGAAAGCUGCCCUGAAGGCUGAGCUUGGGAAACCUCUCCAGCAACCCUCGGACGGACGGAGCUAUGUUGGGCAAGGUCAUUACUGGCUUCGACAAGGUGUGCAUACUGUGGAGGAGCAGCCACACUAUAUCAUCACGCCCUUCGUUCAGCGGAACAUGAACAACCUUAUUCGAGCUUCUUCCACACGAAAAUACCCCGUGCUCAUCCAAGGUCCGACUUCAUCUGGUAAAACGAGUAUGAUCGAGUACCUAGCGAAACGGUCGGGUAACAAAUUUGUCCGUAUUAACAACCACGAGCACACCGAUUUACAAGAGUACCUUGGCUCAUACAUCUCUGGCACUGAUGGCAAACUUGUAUUUCAAGAAGGCAUUCUUGUUCGAGCUUUGCGAGAGGCGCCCACAGAUGUGUUGGAAGCACUCAAUCGUUUGCUCGAUGACAACAGAGAGCUUCUUAUCCCAGAGACUCAAGAGGUAGUCCGACCUCAUGAAGACUUCAUGCUAUUCGCUACACAGAAUCCGGCAGGCCUAUAUGGUGGGCGAAAAGUGUUAUCACGCGCUUUCCGCAACCGCUUCCUAGAGCUCCACUUCGAUGAUAUCCCAGUCGAAGAACUGACCGAGAUCUUGCACCGACGAACCAUGAUCCCUGAAACGUGGUGUAAGCGCAUUGUUAAGGUAUACAGAGAACUAUCCACCCUUCGACAAGAGAAUCGCAUCUUUGAGCAGAAGAGCUUCGCAACUCUUCGAGACUUGUUCAGGUGGGCACAGCGAAAUGCGGAUACGGUGCAGGAUCUUGCCAACAACGGGUAUAUGCUCCUCGCGGAGCGUGUUCGGAAAGAAGAAGAGCGUGUUGCAGUCAAGAAGAUUUUGGAAACUGUUAUGAGCGAGAAAGGUCCCAAAGUCACUAUCGAUGAAGAUCAGCUGUUCAGCAUGGAUACUUGGUCUAGUAUCGAAGGACUGAGCAAGAAUGACAUGGGCAAAAUGGACGACGUUGUAUGGACGCGCGCGAUGCGAAGACUUUUCGCUCUAGUGGCACAUGCACUUCGCAACAACGAGCCCGUACUACUAAUCGGAGAAACUGGGUGCGGAAAGACGACUGUCUGUCAGUUGUUGGCGGAUCAAUUCGAAAACCAACUUCAUAUUGUCAAUGCACAUCAAAACACCGAAACGGGUGACUUAAUCGGCGCACAACGACCCAUCCGAAAUCGGGCAGCUAUCGAGGAGCUGGUGCGGAACCAGGUCCUCAAAGCCAUCGAGGGCAUGGAGAACGAGAAUAUCCAACGUGACCCAGCGACUCUUGAUACAGAUGAUCUGUUGGCCAUGUACGACAAGAUCGACCAUGAAGCUCCAGGCUUAAUACCAGUCACGGAACGAGAGAUGAUCCGCAACAAUCGACACGGCAGUCUUGUGCAUGCGAUGAGACAGGGCCAUUAUUUCCUUCUCGAUGAGAUUUCUCUUGCUGAUGACUCUGUGCUUGAACGUCUAAACAGUGUUCUUGAACCAUCGCACUCUUUCAUUUCUGCUAGUGAUGGCUUCCAAUUUCUUGCAACAAUGAAUCCUGGUGGCGACUACGGAAAGAAAGAGCUCUCGCCUGCGCUGCGCAAUCGUUUCACGGAAAUCUGGGUUCCCGCAAUGUCUGAUCUCGAGGAUAUCCUGCAAAUUAUACGAUCAAAGCUGAGGCCAAAUGUAGCGCAGUAUGCCGAAGCCAUCGUUUCGUUCUCGCAGUGGUUCAACGACAAGUACAAUACGUCGGUCGCUUCUUCCAUAUCCAUUCGCGACACACUGUCUUGGAUCUCGUUCAUCAACAAGUCAACCCACGAUGAUCCGAUCUUUGGCAUUGUACAUGGUGCGGCAAUGGUAUUCAUUGAUACCCUCGGUGCCAACCCAGCUGGGCUACUUGCCAUCUCUGCUACUUCCAUCGAUGAUGAGCGGAGAGCGUGUCUGCAGCACCUUAGCGAGCUCCUCGGGCGCGAUGUUGCGCCCUUCUGCUUUGGCGAUAUAGGGUCGUUCUCCAUACCCAAGUUCUCGCUAGCCGCAUCGGAAGCAGCCGACUUUUCCCUCGAUGCCCCAACCACACGCUCCAAUGCAAUGCGUAUAGCCCGCGCAUUGCAACUCGUAAAGCCAAUCCUGCUAGAAGGAAAUCCCGGUGUCGGAAAAACCACGCUUCCUCUGACACGCCUCAACCUGUCCGAACAGACAGAUCUCAUGGACCUAUUUGGUUCAGACGUGCCAGUCGAGGGAGGUGCGGCCGGUACAUUUGCCUGGCGCGAUGCACCCUUUCUGAAGGCGAUGAAGAACGGCGAUUGGUCUGUCUUGGAAGGUCUCAAUGCGGUGCUCGAUCAUCGUGGAGAGCAUCAGGAUUUUAGGGUUUUUGCUGCGCAGAACCCGCAUCAUCAAGGCGGUGGACGAAAGGGUCUCCCUGCAUCCUUUGUGAACCGAUUCACCGUCGUAUACGCGGAUGUAUUCCGCUCUGAAGACUUGACCCUCAUAUGCAGGAAGGUCUUCCCCGGUAUUGAUGAACUGGAGGUUACCAGAUUGAUUCAAUUUAUCGCUGAACUCGACGAUCAGGUGUUCAAUUUGCGCGACACACUGCGCUGGCUCCAACUUCUCGCUUCCAAGGACUUUGCUGGCUCAGCGAGGGACUUCCUAGAGACAAUAUUCGUUCAACGCUUCCGGGCGGAGAGUGACCGAAGUCGGAUUCGCAAGCUCUUCGAGAUCCUAUACGGUGUCUACGAGCCGCGCAUGAGCCUGUUCCACAAUUUGAGCACACGGGCCCUACAAGUCGGCCUUGGCCUGCUCUCACGAGAUACUGCGGUUACGCGAUCUGUGGAAGCAAUGCUGAUCAGUAUCAAGCAGGAUUGGCCUGUCAUCGUUGUGGGCUCGUCUGGCUCCGGUAAGACGGCCAUGAUAAACCAACUGGCCAGCCUUGUUGGAGCAGACGUCGUCGCUUUCCCCAUGAAUGCAGAUGUCGAUGCUAUGGAUCUUGUUGGUGGAUAUGAGCAAGUCGACGCCACACGAGAAUUGCAUCGAGGCAUGGAGAAACUGGAGACUUUUGCCUACAUUAAAUUACUUGAACAGAUCCAACCUGGCUCUACCCUGAUCACUAGCACUAUCGAUCCACUUCUCGAAGCAUUCCACGACCUGCUCCAAUCUUCCAACCAGCAGAUCGACGGUGCACGUUUCCAAUGGCAAGGCAAAUGGAUUGUCCUCGAUAAUGCCAAUCUUUGCUCGAGCGCUGUCCUUGAUCGGUUGAAUUCGCUUCUUGAGCCCAAUGGCUACCUUUCCAUCAAUGAGCACUCCACGGCUGACGGCGAAGCGCGCAUCGUGCGGCCACAUCCUGACUUCAAAAUCUUUAUGACUAUGGAUCCAAGGUUUGCCGUGGAGAUCUGCCUGCUCGAUCCGGAACAUGAUGUUGCUCAAGACGACACGAAGACUUUAGAGUAUCCGCUGGACUCGGCCAUGUAUCGAUUCCGAUAUUUCCAGGAACAUACGGAUCAUAUGACUGUGACGAUGGAGCAGCGCUUUGAAAACUUGGGUUCCCUCGAUAAUGACUUCUUGACGAGCUUUACGAAACAAGUGGGCCAAGGGCUCGUAUCUUCACUUCUGCAGGUCAAUGGUGUCGACAACCAAGAUGGAAUCAAUGACAAGUUCCCGCAUUUCGUACAGUUCCUCAAGAAUGCAUGGGCGCCACAUGAGCAGACACUUCAUCCGCAAGUCGGCGCACAAGACCUGGCUCAGCUUGUACCGUAUCACCCGCUCGGGAGUGAACUCUCACUUAAUCAAACUGAAGCAACCAAGUCACUCAGUCUUUGGUCUGCAUCGAUGUACGGAUUUAUGCUGGAUCUUUACAACAUGCAGCAGCGUCGCAAAGAGAAGCAGAAGCUGCCUGCAUUCCUGUACGCCUACUGGCAGGGACUUGUAAAAGUAGCGGCAGGACUUGACGUCGCAUUUCUCAAGCCAUUACGCACAUUGUUCUGGGGUUUCUUCGUACUAGCUACUGGAGCGACCUUCGACCGCGCCAUGUUCCAGACCUAUGAGUCAACGGCUCUGUUGCAGAACAUAAGUACGACUCUUUCUAAGCAGAUCGCAGUCUUCGGCUCCGAUGUUCAACUAACAACUGGGUUGGGCAUGGAGCGUACUCAAGUCCAGCUAAAAGAAGUUCUCGAGCUAGAAGGUCUAGCGGACAGGCUCGAUAUUAUCAUGUGGAAGUCGAAUUUGAGGAUUGAUGAAAUGGUACAAAUCCGCGAACGGGUUGCAAGCUCUCUAGAGCUUCUGAUCAUAGGUCUCAACGAAGCUAUUUUGGAACUAAACGAAAGCAUUGGCGAAUUUGAUGCUGUAUUUACGCCGUACCUGGAGGCAGAGUUUGAGGGUCUCUGCCAGUUUCUUGACGUUGCAUUCAACGAUCAUCCUGUCACUCAGCAACUAUACAUAACGCCUUCGCCUGCUGUCGUGGCUACAAGAACGAAAUCAAUUCUACUCGCUCGACGACCAACAAAACUCACGACUGUUGCUGUCGGGAGAUCUUACUAUCCGACGGAUCAUUUCGCCAAAUUGUAUCGCUACCUCGGUCUUACACAUCAAUCAGGGGGUGCUAUGGCUCUGCAGAGCUCAUUCCAUAUUUCUGUUCUCGCCAAGCUGUAUGGCGCAGACGACUCAGAAUUGGGAGUUUUUUCUCAACAACUCUCACUCGAUGCAGACCGCAUAACACAGGACCACUCGUCAGCACUUGAUAGACUUUAUUACGACAUCUACAAUCAGCAUAUCGAUCGAGGACAGGUUACAUUUUAUCCCGAGGCGCCUAUCACGGAUACAUACCGCUCAACGCUACAAGAAGGCUUCGAAAAAUGCUACCGCCCUACAGGCAGCGUCGAUGCGAAUGCUUGGAUUCAACUGGGUUUGUUCGGUCUCACACUGUAUGUUCCAAAUUAUCCGCAUGAUCCUGCGCUCAGGCCAAUGGUCGAGCGCAAAAUGUUCAACGAAGAGAAGCAAACUCUCCUUCAGACGUUGGCGUCGCUAAAGCAAUUUCAAAUCGACUUCACGGGGCAAGAUACAAGCUUCCGUAUCCGCCAGAUCGAAGAGGCUAUUCAGAGCAUGGGUGAAGAGCCACCUGUGCCACCCAUUGUUCGCCCUGAAAGAUCUGAACUCGAUGACUUGCAGGGCGAAUUCACCAACUUGCUCAGUACUAUACAGCCUCUGCUUAAUGGUUCAAUGUCAGCCGAAGAAGCAUCACGCGAUAUCACGCUGCAGCAGAACGUACUUCGCAUCAGUCAACGGUUGACAGAAGGCUACCGGGCGUAUGACGACAUUACAGAUACCGUGGUCGGUUUCCUUGUGUGCUUAGAAAUCGGGCUCGUCCUCGGCAAGAAAGAGUUGGAAAAUGAGGAACAGGGCUCAGUCAGCAAAAGCCUAGCUCGUAGGUCUGUUGAGAAAGCGGAAUGGUUACUACAGGAACUCGAGGAAGGCCUGGAACAACACGACCAAGCUAUUGGUCUCAGAUGGAAUGCGCUACACUCUUUAACGAUACUCAAGAGUACUGAUCCCGCAUCAAGCUCAAGCUCUGCUGCUAGGACCCUGCUGCACGACCUGUUUCUACUCCAGGAUCAAGAGAAGCAGGCUAAGGACUCAAGCCUGUAUACGUACAGGGGCAUGGAUGAAGACGACGAGGAAGAAGACCCGACCCUAUUCCCAGACUACGAGGCCGAGCAAGAGCAGGAGGAGACCUCCCAGGUGAUGGUGUCCAACUCACGAGACCAUGCAAUCCGUCUGGCGAGUAUGCACGCCGAGCUGUUCCGACUGCUUCAAUGGUGCGCUGCGGAGAUGAACCGUGUCUCUGACGGCAAGGGCCACGGUACCAAGCAUGAAGACGCUCUACCUACCAUAUAUCUCGCACUAGAGAAGAGGGCAGAUACCUUGUCCUCUUCUGGCACUGGAAAGUCAUACAAUUUUUACUUCGACGCAAAUCUCCAAGAAGCCAAACGCCUUAUUACCCUGAUCUAUCGCAUACAGAUCCGCUAUCGACAGAUUCAUACCGUCUGGCCUGAACACAUGACUCUCUCGGACGUCCUGCGUACAUGCGACGAAGCACUUGAAUUCCGCCAUGUGGAUCCGGUGGCAAAGCUCAUUACCAAGUGGCAGAAGGUUGCAAGCAAAGACUACAGCACUGCCAACCUCUGGAGACAACUGGAGCUCACAACCUGGGCGAGGUUGUUUGAUUUGGAGAUUGAAAAAGCUCACGAUGACGCAAAGACUUCGGAAAGUAUUUCUGACGAGAACAGCAUGAAGCUGCAUGCUCUGGACUUGGUGAAGACGCUUGAGAGUUUCUUUGACACUACGACGCUAGGGCAGUUCGAGCAGCGCAUCAAGCUACUGCAACAGCUCCGCCAACACGCUGCGAUGCGAAUGCAAGACGCAUUAUUAUUCAAGAUCAUUUAUUCUUCGCUUGACAACUUCAUUGCUUACUUCUCGCGUCUUGAGAAGCCGGUGCAUGAAGCUCUCGCCAAGGGUCGGCAAAGUUUGGAGAAAGAAGUCAACAACGCGUUGAAACAGAGUGCGAAAACGAGUCAUCGAAAGUUGAGCAAGUGGCCUGUCUCUGGGGUCAUCAAGACUGGUUUUCCUGAAGAGCUACACCUACUGCAGGAUGGUUUGAUGGACCAAAUCAACACGACCACCGAUGCUCUGUCACUUGAACUCUGUGCGCACAGUGUACCAGGGUGGACUGGGCGACCGAUUCGCUUCAGGAAUCUCGAAGUUACAGUAAACAUGAUGCGCAGUCUUUCUAUGCCGAGGAGCGACGCUGUUGAGAGCGCUGCAUUCAUCACUGAUCUGAUCACUGAUCUCACGAAUUCGAUGCUGACGGAGGAGAACAAGGAGACUGUCCAACACCUCAAGACUCAGAAACGCAAACUCUACGCCGACACGAUGAAAACACUGCGACAAAUGGGAGUUAACUCUAAUCCAAGUGUGGACACCCUGGUGAAGCAAGACACGCUUUCGACGAUUCUCACUUCCCUUCCCUUCGCGGCAAGGGCUGAUGAAGGUUACGGAAGUGCAGCAGAGUACUAUCUGCACAAAGCGCUCAACAUCAUGCCGCAAGUCAGAGCAGUAUACAAGGAGCAUUCGGGGUACAUUGAAGGCUUGUUGCACAUUUCCAUUCGACAGCGCGGGGUGUUGAUUAAGGCGGCUCACAACCUUCAAAAUAUUACUGCGCCGAUAUCGAUUAUUCAAAACCUCUCACAGUCCACACAAGAUCAGCUGUUUUGGGUUUCUCAACAACAGCUUGAAGCGACAGAAUUGCUGCAACCCAGCCUAAGAUGGCUCGCAGCUAUGCUCAAGACGGGCACAGACAUCGUCUCAGCGCAAGCGAAGCUAGGAAAAACGAACGAACUCGGUGCUCUGAUACGUGAUAUGCACGGCUGGACGAGUAGGCUACAGACCUUGGCUGAUAGUUAUGAGCGACUGCCAAAGCUACCCGCCCACGUGAAUGAGGCCAACAUUUCCGAGCUCCAGGCGGCUUUCCAGGACUGGAUCGACAACAAUAACAUCUCAAGGGUUAUCCUUAGACAAAUUCGACCUUUCCUGUUCAAUUACCCUGUGGUCAAAGCUAGCGACUUUUCCGAAGAACAACGGAUCACACUUGGACAGCAUACCAAGGACAUCUUCAGCGCGCUGGAUCUGAUUCUUGGGUCAAUGCAGGAUGUUGAGGCAGCGCUGAACGGCGUUCCUGCUUCAACCGAGGAUGCGGCAUGGCUUGUGAAAGAAGAGCAAGCACUAUCCGCUGCGCUUAAUGCCCUCCACGCCCCGCAGAUUAGCAGAGCGCUACAGGCAUUGCUGGACAGGAUGCAAUAUCUCCAUGACGAAGUCAACCUGCAAGCCAACGCCGCCCUGUAUGCUUCCAUUCAACCCAUCUUCAAUCAGUAUGUAGCCUCGCACAAGUAUCUUAUCCAACGUUUCGAUGCCCUCCACGCAUCAGCCGCCAACUUACUGCACCGCCUAUCCAAAUCAUUUAUCCAGAUCGGCACGCAAGGCUUCUGUCAGCCCCCUGAAAAGUCCGCAGAUCAACAACAGGGCAAGGACGACAAGCUCGAAUCUGGAACUGGACUUGGUGAGGGCGAAGAUGAUGAGGAUCUUGAAGAUUUGGCACAAGAAGAAAGCGGUGAGCGAGAAGGAAGUAUUGAGGAAGAAGAUGACGCCGUCGACAUGGGCGAGCAGGAAAUGGAAGACAAGGGUGACGAGUCUGGGGAUGAGGGGGAUGACGACGUGCAGAGCGAGGUUGGCAGUGUUGAUGAUCUUGGCCCCAGCGCCGUCGAUGAGAAAAUGUGGGAUGAAGGUGGCAAGCAGGAUGUUGGGACUGAGGAUCAAGAAGAGCAAGUCGCUGCCGAACAAAAAGAGAAAGAGAAAGAGAAAAAUGGCGAAGACGAGGAGAAGGAAGACAAGGAAGAUGGCGAAGACCAAGAAGAGAAUGUUGGUGAAGAGGAAACACUCGAUCUGCCUGAAGAUUUGAAUAUGGAUGGCCAGGACGAUGAAGGGAAGGAAGAUGAUGAUCUCGAAGACGAGAUGGAUCCAGAAACCGAACAUGGCGCCCCGGAUACCGUGGAUGAAGACAUUGGGCCUGAGCAAGAAGGUGAAGACGAGAAAGAUACAACUGAAAAAGAAGAGGAUGAUGAAAAAGCCGUAGACGACGAACCUCGCGACGCCAAAGAUACUGAUCAGGCCGAUCCAAAUGCUGAUGCAGGCGCCGGUACUGACGCCAACGAGGAAGCGCACCAGAACAAGAACGAAAAGGCUUCCGCCAGCGCUGCAAACCAAGAUGAAGGCCAAGAAGGCGAGUCCUCUGAAGACAAGCAAGAAACCGCCGCCGAAGACGGCCAGCUAGGUCAAACAACGCAACCUGAUGCCGGUGGCCGCGGUGAACAGCCGGAAGAAUCGCGCGAGACACAGUCGUUCAAGAAACUGGGCGAUGAAAUCUCCGAAGCACGCGAAAAGGAAGAGACUCAAGUACAGCAAAUUGACAAAGAGAUCGACAUGGCUGAUGCUGACUUUGAACAUCUUGGCGAUGAGGAGACACAAGCUGAUACGCAGGCACUAGGUACGGCAAAUGAAGAGCAGGCCAAGGCAUUGGAUCAUGACAUGGCCAUGCCAGACAUUGACGAUGACAUGGCGGAUGCCGAUAAGGAUGUUGAUAUGGAGGAUGUCAACCAAUCCAACGCAGAGGAAGGCCAGCCUCAAGCUUUCGUUGGCGAGCAGAAGCCUUUCAACCAUGGAGAGGACGAAGAUAUGGAAGAUGCUUCUCUCAUUGACGAGGAUGUGUCGGAAACUUCCUCUAUCCAUGACGUUGAGACGCAGCUCGAGCUCACCCACUUGGAAGCCUCGACCAUGACACCCGACAGUGCUCGUAGCCUUUGGCUCUCUCACGAGGCCGCGACGCACUCUCUCUCGCAACAGCUCACCGAGCACCUACGACUCAUCCUCGCGCCAACUCUUGCGACAAAAUUGCGCGGUGAUUUCCGUACUGGCAAGCGCCUCAAUCUCAAGCGGAUCAUACCCUACAUCGCUUCAGGUUAUAAGCGCGACAAGAUCUGGCUCCGUAGGAGUCAGCCCAGUAAGAGGAGUUAUCAAGUUAUGAUCGCGCUUGAUGACUCGAAAAGUAUGGCCGAGAGCGGCGCUAGCAAUUUGGCGCUGAAGACACUCACGUUGGUCACGAAGAGCUUGAGUAUGCUGGAAGUUGGUGAAGUAUCUGUGGUUGGGUUCGGUGACCAAGUUAACGUCGCGCAUGAUUUCGACAAACCCUUCACGAGCGAUGCAGGUGUACGCGUAUUCGAGCAAUUUGGCUUCGAUGCUGCGAAGACCAAUGUUAGGGGGUUGGUGGAUAGAAGUCUGGAGCUGUUUGCGGAAGCGCGCCGCAAGGGGUCGAGCUCUGCUGGUGAAGACCUGUGGCAGCUUAUGCUCGUCGUCAGUGAUGGAAUAUGCGAUUCGCACACUGAGAUCCAGCGCCUAAUCCGUAAGGCGCAAGAAGAGCGCGUCAUGAUUGUCUUCAUCAUCAUCGAUUCAUCCGCUACAACCUCAACCGCCGCACCGACGCCCAAACCUUCAAACGAUCCUGCGGCACAGACUACAUCUCUUGUCGCGCCGGCACAGAAGGAGAAAGACAAGACAAGCAUCCUCGAUCUGCAGUCGGUGGAGAUCACGCCUGAAGGCAAAGUGGUCAGGUGGAAGUACAUGGAGCGGUUCCCAUUCAGGUAUUAUCUAGUGGUUAGAGAUGUGAGAGAGUUGCCGGGCGUGCUUGCUGGGGCGCUAAGGCAGUGGUUUGGGGAGGUUGCCGGGAGUGCGUAG